AAACAGAACGCACCCCCCUACCACAGUACCUAGUUGGUUGCGCGCGCGGCUGUAUCUACCUACGUCAUCCGGGAACGUGACAUGUACCUAUCGACGUCCAGGACAUCCUUCUCACCUCGACGCUGCAAAAUAUUGCGCAUGACACGACCUCUCUUUGGUUACGAAUCUACGAAUCUCCAAGCUGAGCUCAUACCUACUCGAUACCUACUCGUGCAGAUCGUACCAUCGUCUGACUUGAACACCCCCGACUGUAUUUCACAAUGGCAACUCUUCCUCGUCGUUUCGUCCACGAUCUCAAAGUGGCCCUCGGUCCUCAUGUCACUGCUCCUAACACACUGAAUCCCGUUCUGCUUGCGAUCGGCAUCAGAGGUUACUGGAUCCAAUCUCGCAUCUUCCGCAUACCCGAUCGUUACGGUUUCUUCUCACUCGGACCGGCCCGUUUGCAGGUACAUGAUGCAUCACUUUGUAUCGCUAUAUUGAUGGUCCUUGCGGUCGUCGCUCCUGCCGUCGUUCUUUUUCAUGUCUGCCUGACGCUGAAGGAUGGUUACAGGCCGCUUUGGAAAGAUGCACUGAUCGGGUUCGCACCUUCUGGGUUGGUUUUCAGUGGGAUAUGGAUUUGGCAAUGUCAUAGUAAGCAGCGCGCGCCAGAUUACGAGUGGGAGGACUGGAAAACGAGGAAAGACUGAUUCGGGAUCUCGGGCGGAUCGUACUUGAUUGAUCAUCGUGGAGACUUUUCUGAAAUAAGCGGCAGGUGAAGCAAGUGAGACAGGGAAGUGAGGCAUCUUGACACAUACUUUGUGGACUUGCUGGCCUCUCAUGGGGAUCUGGGGAUUGUGGGGUUUGCUGGCUUGUGGGCUUGUGGGCUCGUUGGCUUUGAGGCUUUGAGGCAUCUUGACUUCUCGUGGGCU